AUGCUGAUUAUAUCGGACUUGAAAAAGGGCGCGAAAACGUCUUCGCAAACGACCUUCUUAGUUUUUCACGCAACAUGUUCGGACGCGGUUUCUGACUCUCUCUCCCUGGCUGUCUCUCUGCUUGCCUUUCCGUUUAAUUUUAUAGUUUCAUUACUCUAUCUAUCUAUCUAUCUAUCUAUCUAUCUAUCUAUCUAUCUAUCUAUCUGUUUCACUUUCUUUUUUCUUUCUCUUUUUCCUUUUCCUUUUUCUUUUUUCUUUCUCUUUUUCCUUUUCCUUUUUCUUUUUUCUAUCUUUCUUUUUUUCUUUCUUUUUUCGUUUUUCUCCUUUUCUGUUUUAAUUUCGUUCUCUCUUCUUUCCUUUCGUUCUACUUUUUCUUUCUUUCUCUCUUUCUUUUUUCGUUCUUAUUCUGUUACUUUCUCUUUUUCUUUCCUUCUUUCUUUUUCCUUUUUAUUUCUCGCUUUCUUUAUUUAUUUCUCCUUUUUUCUUUUUCCUUUUCCUUUUUUCUUUCUUUCUUCUUAUUUCUUUCUUUCUUUCUUUCUUCGCUUUUCUUUGUCGCGUCAUUUCUUUCUUUCUCCUGUUUGUAUUUUCUUUCUUUCUUUUUAUAACGUUCUUUCUUUCUUUCUUUCUUUCUUUUUCCGUUUUUAUUUCUCUUUUCCUUUUUCAUUUCUUUCUUUCUUUCUUUCUUUCUUUCUUUCUUUCUCCAUUUUCCUUUUUUUCUUUCUUUCUCUCUUUCAUUUUUCUUUCUUUCAUUCUUUCUUUCUUUUUCCUUUUUCUUUCUCUCUUUCUUUCUUAAUUUAA